CCCACUAAGGCGUGGUUUACGGAGCUUUCUUUGAAACAAACGCUCGUAUCGUCAUGUUCCAAAAGAGAGAUGUUUCACCUUUCACCACACCGGGUGGUAAUAUGUGCUGUGGGAUGGUUAAGCAGUUUCAUAAUAUUGUAGUUGUAGCCGGUGAGUAGACAUCGGCUUUGGACAGCGCCAGCUGAUGAGGGGAAACGCACUUGGUGUAUUCUUUGUUGCAAAUUGAACACCUCAAAGGCAGAUUAAUGCAUUUUCCGCGAAAAUAGCCCCCUAUUCCAGUGAAAGCUAUUGAUGUCGGUGAGUCAUUGUGACCGAAGAUGCUUAAAGAUAUGAUUGAGGUUGAAGAAUUCGAAAUAAAGGAGGAAGAACCUUGGUAUGACAACCAGGACCUUGAGCAUGACCUCCACCUGGCUGCUGAGCUGGGGAAGACCCUGCUGGACAGGAACAGAGAGCUGGAGCAGGGUCAUCAGCAGAUGUACUCCACCAAUCAGGAACAGCUACAGGAGAUAGAGUACCUGACUAAGCAGAUGGACCUCCUGAGGCAUGUGAAUGACCAGCAUGCUAAGGUCUACGAGCAGCUUGACCAGUCUUCCAGAGAGCUGGAGCAGAGCAACACCCGCCUGGUACAGGACAACAGGGCCGCUCAGCACAAGAUCCAGGGGCUGACCGAGAUGAUCGAAGCUCUACAGACCCAGAUGGAGGAUCUUCAAUGUCAGGUAGAGGAUCUGAAGACCACCCCUGCCAAUCCCAAUAGGAAACCCCUUACAGAGGCAUGUCGGCCCUACGGAGCGCAGAGUGUGUACUGCCUGAAUGACCUGCAACCCACACAGAGGUACUCGAGUUACAACUCUGGCGACCAAUCUGAUGACCGCUGGUCUCCCUCUGACCUCUCGUGGCUAGAGGAGGAGCAGGAGUCGCUACGGCAAUCGCUCCGCUCUCUACAGACCCAGCUGGCCAAUGAACGUGCUCGGAGGGAGGGGGCGGAGCGAGAUGCAGACCUGCUAGCCAAUGAGAAUGUGGUGCUGGAGCAGCGCUUGGGAAUGAUGGCGGGGUGCCAGGCCAGACUAGCGGAGCUGGAGUGUGAGGCUGAGGAGCUUCGUCAGCUGUGGAGAGCCAACCAUGCCACCAAAGCUUGGAGGUCAAGGGUCAGCCUGACAAUGCUGCCCAAUACCCUCUUCUUCCCCCUGAACCAGGGGAGGGGGAUGGGGGAGGAUGGAGAGAGCGAGGAAGACGUGUUGGACGUCAGCUACCUUUCCAACCCGAAAGGUUGUGACGUCUUGAAGAGAUGCAACAGCGAGAAGCAGCUGAGGUCACCACGGGGUGAUGGGUCAGAGGUAGACGAGAGUCAUGACCAUGAGCGUUCGUGCGUCCGCCAUUCAGAGGUGGUGAAGCAGCGUGGGAUCUCCCUCCUCAACGAGGUUGACGCUCAGUACAGCGCCCUGCAGGUAAAAUAUGAUGCGCUGCUGCGGCUCUGCCAUCAGGGGGAGCCGUACCCAAACCAGCAGAACAACCACACGGAGCUCCAGACACCCAGCGUAGCCCCGUUCGACUGCCCACAAAGCCCAGUCCCAGCCUCCCUUCGCAAGGCUGCAGGCACAGACACGAAUGGCCAGGAGGAUGAACUUCACCAGCCUGAGUACAAGGCCCUGUUCAAGCAGAUAUUUACCUGCAUCCAGAAAACAAAAGAGGACCUGAGUGAGAACAGAGGAAAGCCCUGGCAGUUGGCGUAGUAUGGCUUUCGUAGUAAACACGCAAAAAUUGCUCUGCUUUUGCGCUGGACAUGCAGUUUCUUGUUGGAGGUGAGCUAUUAAGCAAGCGCCUUACAAAUUGUUUGUAAGGCCUGGUAACUGAUGUACUGUGUCUGUAUCUGGUGGAACUGCAGCUGAAUCGAUUACCAUCUCUAAGGGCUCAUCUCUAUCUAUGGAUGCUGGAGCAGCCAGAGAAAGGCAACAAACAUCAGCUGAUACACCAGCUCUUUUGCAUGGCACGAACUGUGCCCAACAUUCAGUCUACAUCAUUCUGCCUCAAUCAACCAGCCCUACCCGAGCCAUGUUGCCCUUAGAUUAGCGUCUAGGGGCAAUGUUCUUCUACUCUCAGGAACCAAGAACCUCUGGAAACUUUCUGUGGACUAGUGCUUUUCCAUGGUACCUCUAUGCACUGUUCAAUCAAAAGCUAAAUAUCCUUUUAAAGUGACAAUGUCUGAGCCUGAUGGUCAAAACGGUAACUUUGUAUCAUCUUUGUGCCUCAAAAACGCCACUGUUUCUUACUCUUGGUGAUGAGUAAAGACAAAUUAUGUGAAUUUACAUCUCAGAUUUGUACUGUAUGUCUUCAAAAAAGUUAGCAUGAUCCUAAAAUGUAAAAACUAAAGUAUUUGGUAUGAAGACUGAGUUGUAUGUACAUGAUUGAUGUAGUAAUUAGCAAUAUAAUCUAAUGAGGCUAUACCAGAACUCAGCUAUGUGCUAUGAUAUUAGUGUGCUUUCCAAAUACAAUGUUGACAUUUCAUAAACUAAGUCUUUUUCCAAUGGUUUGUCAAACGGUCCGGUUAAUUGUUUUUGCUGCCUAACUCAUGCUAUCCUAAUGUAUCAUGAUAAACACCCCCUUAGUUGACAUCACUGUAAAAUCACAUUGUAAUGAGAUGCACUUUAGACUUGCACAGGGAUGUUAUUUUCUGACACUUUAUGUAGCUAGCCACUGUACUGUAUAAGAAGUGCUGUUAAUAAUUCCUGUUCAAUGUAUUAGAUACAGUACCACUCAAAAGUUAAACCCUUGAAUGAGUAGAUGUUUUUUCUUUAUUUGUAAAAAUUUUUUUUUACAGUGUAGAAUAAUAGUGAAGACAUCAAAACUAUGAAAUAACACACAUGGAAUCAUGUAGUCACCAAAAAAGCGACAAAUCUAAAUAUAGUUUAUAUUUGAGAUUCUUCAAAGUAGCCACCCUUUGCCUUGAUGACAGCUUUGCACACUUGGCAUUCUCUCACCCAGCUUCAUGAGGUAGUCACCUGGAAUGCGUUUCAAUUAACAGGUAUGCCUUGUUCAUUUGUGGAAUUUCUUUCCUUAAUGCGUUUGAGACAAUCAGUUAUGUUGUGAUAAGGUAGGGGUGGUAUACAGAAGAUAGCCCUAUUUGGUAAAAGAUCAAGUCCAUAUUAUAACAAUUCAAAUAAGCAAAGAGAAAUGACAGUCCAUCAUUACGUAAGACAUGAAGGUCAGUCAAUGCGUAAAACAUCAAGAACUUAAAAGUUCAAGUGCAGUCGCAAAAACCAUUGAGCGCUAUGAUGAAACUGGCUCUCAUGAGGACCGCCGCAGCAAAGGAAGACCCAGAGGAUAAAUUCAUUAGAGCUAACUGCACCUCUGAUUGCAGCCCAAAUAAAUGCUUUACCGAAUUCAAGUAACAGACACAUCUCAACAUGAACUGUUCAGAGGAGACUGUGUGAAUCAGGCCAUGGUCAAAUUGCUGCAAAUAAACAACUAAAGGACACCAAUAAGAAGAAGAUACUUUUUCUUGCCUGGGCCAAGAAAAACAAGCAAUGGACAUUAGACCAGUGUAAAUCUGUCCUUUGGUCUGAUGAGGCCAAAUUUGAGAUUUUUGGUUCCAACCUACGUGUCUUUGUGAGAUGCAGAGUACAGAAAGUGAAAGGCUGAUCUCUGCAUGUGUGGUUCGCACCAUGAAGCAUGGAAGAGGAGGAGGUGUGAUGUUGUGGGGGUGCUUUCCUGGUGACACUGUCAGUGAUUUAUUUAGAAUUCAAGGCACACUUAACCAGCAUGGCCAACACAGCAUUCUGCUGUGAUACACUAUCCCAUCUGGUUUGUGCUUUGUGAGCCUAUCAUUUGUUUUUCAACUGGACAAUGACCCAACACACCUCCAGGCUGUGUAAGGCUAUUUGACCAAGAAGGAGAGUGAUGGAGUGCUGCAUCAGAUGAUCUGGCCUCCACAAUCACCCAACCUCAACCCAAUUGAGAUGGUUUGUGAUGAGUUGGACCGCAGAGUGAAGGAAAAGCAGCCAGCAAGUGCUCAGCAUGUGGGAACUCCCUGUUGGAAAAGCAUUCCUCGUGAAGCUGGUUGAGAGAAUGCCAAGAGUGUGUAAAGCUGUCAUCAAGGCAAAAGGUGGCUACUUUGAAAAAUCUGAAAUAUAUUUAGAUUAAUUGAACACUUUUUGGUUACUAUAUGAUUCCAUAUAUGUUCUUUCAUAGUUUUGAUGUCUGCGCUAUUAGUCUACAAUGUAGAAAAUAGUAAAAAUAAAGAAACACUUGAAUGAGUAGGUGUCCAACCUUUUGAGUGGUACUGUAAAUACAUACAGUACAUGUAUAAUCUUUGAUAAAUGCAAACUCAGAGGAUUCUGUGUCACUAUUGGUCCAUUAUUAUAACUGCAAAGUCCCGUGGUUUGUCAAGGUGGUAGCUAUUAUUAUCUAUGUAAUCUGAACAACGCGGUUCAUACAGGGCGGAGCAUCAUCAUCACAAGACCGGGACACAAUUCUCACUUUGCGACAGGGACAUAAUGGAGAGCACAGCAGGGUGGGAGAUAGUGUUUUUGUCUACAUAUUAGUGACUGAUUCACAGGUUAGGCACCUUAUACAAGGGUUAAAGGUCAGGCUAGUCUUAAUGUAAAUGCAAAGUAAGACAAGAAUCUGGAGAUUUAGUACUUAUCAUUGUUUGAUGGCAUAGGCCUUACAAACAACCACACAAAGCAAUCAUCCUCUGUCUAAAAAUGCUAUUAAGAAUUGAAUUUGCACUUAUAUUACCAUAUUUAUGUACUGGUAGAAAUCUGUCUUCUUGAGAAGUGGUUUAAGGUAAAUUCAAGGAAACUAGAGUAAUACAAAGGCAUUUCCUCAUGGGGUCAUUUUUUUAUGCUUACUAAUGAUGGCACUGAAUGGAAUGUUGACAAACUUGUUGGUGAACAAGAUAUGGUUUCUCACUAAGAAAUCAACUGCUUGAAAAAAAUAAAUAUAUUUUUUCCUUUAUUUAA